AUGGAGGCCACAAACAAGAACAUCAUCAUGCCGUUGGAAAAGCCCAUUUGCCCAUUCUGCGGCGCUGAAGAACCGCCGCUACUGGCUAAUUUCGCAAACCACUGGUUGAAAUACCAUCUCCUCGACUAUAUAGAAUUUUACCGAAUUCCCGCCGGUGGCAUCCACGAUGUAUUGAAAAUACAAGAGCUCCCCAUCAUGAAAAAUCAGAUCCCUGGAGAAACCAUCCCCGGAGAGCUACCAUAUGUUUUAUGUUUCGACAAGAUAGAGAUAGCUCAACCUGUUACAGAAAAGACAGUGCGGCAAAAGGAUGGGGUCAAGCUCCAGCACAAUCCCAUGACCAAUCUACUUUCCCUUCUCGCAACGAAUCGUCUAGUCUACAAUGAGGCACGGCGGAUUUUCUAUAGGUGCAACACAUUUGUGAUUCACAAUAUAAAAGAUCUCCCUUUUCUGCUUCUCGAAAUUGGCAGAGAUAAUGCCUCUUGCUUGCAGUCUGUCUAUUGGGAAGACGAUGAGUCCGAGUAUGAGAAUCAAAUAGAUUGGAUCAAGAAAUACACGACGCAAGGAAGUUCCCAAGAGCCGCUGCGGAAGGAAAUCAACAUCUGGAACAAUAGAAUAUUGUAUAUGGAUUUUCUAGACAUAAUCGAUGACAUGACCGGGUCGGAUCAGGAGUACCAUGGGGAUAUUUAUGGUCUCCUAUCGCGAGAUUCAGAACAUGUGUUGCCUACAGAUACUCCUACUUGGUAUGUCUUUGCAGUUGACUGUCAUUGGGGAGGAGAAAGGUAUACGACGAGUGUUACGGCUGGAUUUGAGUUCUACUAUAGAAAUCCUAGGAUUGAGGAACUCCUCAUUUAG